UUUGUUUUGUAAAUUGUUUGAAUAGAUUGUUUAUAUUUUAUAUUCGGAUUAUGCAGUAUUUUAUUUACAUACCAAAGCUUAUCGAACCUAGACGUUAAUUAAGUUAAUAUUUACUUUGUGAAUAAUACUUCCAAUAUGUAUCGAUGCGUAGUCACAAUAUUUUAUUUAAUAUUUUUCUGUGGAAAUGCAUUUUCACAUGUAUCUUAUCAACCUGAGCAAGUGCAUUUAUCUUAUGGAGAUAAUGAGUUAGAAAUCGUUGUCACUUGGUCUACCCAAAAUAAGACAGCUGAAUCAAUUGUUGAAUAUGGUAUCAACGGGUAUAUUUUAAGAGAGUUUGGAUAUUCAUUUAAGUUUGUUGAUGGAGGAGAAUUGCAUCGCGAACAAUAUAUUCAUAGAGUUGUAUUACCAAAUUUAGUGCCAGAUAGCAAAUAUGUAUAUCACUGUGGAAGUAAUAUGGGGUGGUCCUCACAGUAUUGGUUCAAUACUCGACCAGAAAGCCCUGAUUGGAGUCCUCAUUUGGCCAUUUUUGGUGAUAUGGGAAAUGAAAAUGCUCAGUCAUUAUCUAGACUACAAGAGGAGACUCAAAAGGGAUUAUAUGAUGCAAUUUUACAUGUUGGAGAUUUUGCCUAUGAUAUGAAUACAGAUAAUGGACUAGUUGGAGAUGAUUUUAUGAGACAAAUUGAAACUAUUGCUGCAUAUGUACCAUAUAUGGUUUGUGUUGGAAACCAUGAGGAGAAAUACAACUUCAGUCACUACAGAGCUCGUUUUUCUAUGCCUAGUGAUUCAGAGUCAUUAGUGUACAGUUUCAAUAUGGGCCCUAUUCAUUUCAUAGCAUUUUCCACUGAAGUUUAUUAUUUUUUAAAUUAUGGCAUGAAACAAUUGAUAUAUCAAUAUCAAUGGCUGGAGAAUGAUCUGAAAGAAGCAAAUAAACCUGAAAACCGUAAAAUUCAUCCUUGGAUCAUAGCAUUUGGUCAUAGACCAAUGUAUUGCAGUAAUAACAAUACUGAUGAUUGUCAUCGUCAUGAUACAUAUGUCCGGGUUGGAUUACCAUUUACACACUAUUUUGGAUUAGAAAAUUUAUUCUAUAAAUAUGGAGUUGAUGUUUAUAUUGGAGCACAUCAACAUUCCUAUGAAAGACUUUGGCCUAUUUAUGAUUAUAAGGUACGAAAUGGUUCAUACACUGAACCUUACACAAACCCAAAAGCACCUGUACACAUCAUAACCGCAGCUGGAUGUAACGAAGGACAUUCUGAAUUUAAUUACGAUUUACCAGAGUGGUCAGCCUUUAGGAGUGAGGAUUAUGGAUACACAAAGUUAAAGGCACAUAAUGAAACCCAUUUAUAUUUUGAGCAAAUUUCAGUUGAUAAAUUGGGUCAAGUAAUAGAUGAUUUCUGGAUAAUCAAAGAUUCACACGAUGCUUAUCCUUAAUAUAUGCAUUAAUGAUUGUAUUUUAAUAAUAUUAAACAUUUUGCUACAGUUUAAUAGAUUGUAUUAUUGAUUCUCCUCUAUCAGGAGGAUUUAUGCGCCUAUGUGCAACACAGGUAUUUUCAAGUUUUUUGUCAAAUGGUCUAUCCAAACAUUUAUACAAUUUAUUGCAAUUCAAUGCUAAUGUAGCAAAUUUAACAAAUAAAUUAAAA